AUGAUGAGUACUAGGCUACAGACCAUGGAAGCUGAAGGCCUUGUUUCGGAGAGCGCCAAGCCUGUUCACGUAUCACCAUUUGAUGACGAGGAUACGGAAACUGCAGAAGGCGUUAAAGAUACAAAAAGAGGACAAUGGGCACACAAACUGGACUCGCUGCUGUCAAUGAUCGGCUAUUGUGUUGGGUAUGGAAACAUCUGGCGAUUUCCCUACUUUUGCAUGCGAAAUGGUGGAGGAUCUUUCCUCGUGGCUUUUCUAUUUAUCCUGGUUAUAUGCGGACUUCCUACGUUCUUCUUGGACCUAGUGAUGGGUCAAUUCUCUGGGAAGACAACACUUCAUGCGUGGGAAAUAUGUCCUUUACUGCAAGGUAUUGGCGCUGGAGCCCUGAUCGUUCUGUUUGUCAUCAGUACAUACUACAACAUGAUAAUAGCAUGGACGUUGUUUUAUCUUGGGUCCUCCUUCCUGACACCAUUACCAUGGGACAACUGUGACAACAGCUGGAACACAGCCAACUGCAUCAUCAACAAACCGUUACACAAUACCUCUCUGUACAACUAUACUACAAACACUACAGAGCUGACCGAAUCUGUAUACAGAAACAAUGUGACACUUCCUAAGAAAGUGGCGACUUCAACAGAGGAGUUCUGGAGGUAUCGACUCCUAGAUAUAUCUACUGGUAUCGACGCUUUAGGGGAUAUCCCAUGGCAUCUAGCUGUGUGUUUGUUAGCCGCCUGGUUACUAACGUUUGUUAGUUUGAUCCGUGGCAUCAGAUCUUCAGGAAAGGUGGUGUACGUGACUGCUUUGCUGCCUUAUUUCAUUCUCACCAUCAUUUUCAUCAGGACUUUGCUGCUUCCGGGGGCCGCGGAUGGCAUCAUCUUUUUCAUCACCCCAGACAUGAACAAACUUUCAGAGGCUCAGGUAUGGCUGGAGGCGGCUCUGCAAGUCUUCUAUUCUUUGGGGCCUGGCUGGGGACCUUUGAUCACCAUAGCUAGCUACAACGACUUUCAUAACAACUGUUUCAGAGAUUCAAUCCUUAUGGUGUUUAUCUGUGAGGGAACAAGUAUAUACGGAGGGUUAGUCGUAUUUGCUGUUCUUGGAUUCAUGGCACACCAGACAGGAAUGACCAUAUCAGAUGUCGUAACCUCAGGACCAGGUCUUACCUUCAUGACCUACCCAGAGGCUCUGACCUAUUUUCCUCUGCCCAAUUUGUGGACAGUGCUGUUCUUCGUGAUGAUGAUUACUGUUGGUAUGGAUAGUCAGCUUUCCACUGUUGAGAGUUUAAUAUCAGCAGUGAUGGACCAGUUUCCGGCACUUCGUCCAAAGCGAGUCCUGAUCCAAGGUAUUGGAUGCAUACUUUGGUUUCUGUUAGGACUGAUUCUGUGUACACAGGGAGGAAUGUAUGUGUUUCUAGCGAUUGAUUGGUACGUGGCCUUAUCUAUCCCCCUUUUUGCUUUCACCGAGUGUAUCAUUGUCGGGUGGAUUUACGGAGCUGAACGUUUUUCUCGGGAUGUUGAGUUGAUGCUUGGACGUGGAAUUCCUGUCCUGGUACGGAUCUCAAUAUGCUUCAUCGCACCGAGUAUGCUUCUGGUCAUCACCAUUUGCACCCUAACAACAUACAAGGCGCCCACGUAUGGUGCGUACCAGUUUCCUUCCUACAUCACUAUCUACGGUUUCUUUCUUGGAUUUUUGCCAUUGGUACCCGUCGUCUUUAGAGCAAUCACAGCAAUAUGUCAUACCAACGGAGAAACAAUUGCAAAGAGAAUAGUAAAUGCGUGCAAACCAUCAGCGAACUGGAAACCAGCUUCACGUGUACACGCAAAGGACUACACAUAUCAUGAUCUUAGUAAAUAUAAAAGUGUCUACAGCAGAGUGAAGUUGAAUAUCCUUGGACCACGGGGUUGAGACGUUAAUGCAGCACAUUAACAUAUAGAAACAUUACCGUAACAGUUGUCAUAUUGUUAUACCCCUGAGUGACCUAGAUAUGCUAUAUGAACAUCAUUAUUUUCAGAAACUUUUUUAUCCAGAGAUGUCUCGGAUAUGCAUAUAAUCAAAGGAGAU